GGGCCGCGGGCCGGGCCCCCGGCAUGGGGCGCUGCUGGGGCCGCCGCGCUCGCCCCGCGGAGCCGGCCGGGGGCAGCGGCGGGGCGCGGCGCCGCGGCGGGCGGCGAUACUGACCGGGCGGGGCGGGAGGAGCCGCGGCCGCGAUGGCUCAGGAGAAAAUGGAGCUGGACCUGGAGCUGCCGGCGGCGAGCGCGACGGCCCCGGGUGACGGCGGCGGCCUGAGGCGCUCCAACAGCGCCCCGCUCAUCCACGGGCUCAGCGAUAAUUCACAGGUGUUCCAGGCUAACGUUUUGCGAACCCGCAGGAACAGUACCACAGUUAUGAAUCGUCAUAGUCUGUUUGUGCCAUCCUCUCCUAUCCGUAUUCCCAGCAGCCGUCUUCAUCAAAUCAAACAGGAAGAAGGAAUGAAUUUGAUGAACAGAGAAACAGUACGUGAAAGAGAAGUGCAAGUAGCAAUGCAGAUGAGCCACUCAUGGGAGGAGAGCUUGAGCCUGAGCGAUAACGAUUUUGAAAAAUCAUCAUCACCAAAGCAAGUAGACUUUGUCCCAGUUUCUCCAGCUCCUUCACCUACCAGAGGAAUAGGGAAGCAAUGUUUCUCACCAUCUUUGCAAAGUCUGGUGAGCAGCAGCGGGUUACCUCCCAGUCCCAGCCCAAGUCCGACGAGACGGUUUUCAAGCAGGAGAAGCCAGAGUCCAAUUAACUGCAUUCGACCAAGUGUCCUUGGGUCAAUAAAAAGAAAAGGUGUAACAGAGAUAGAAGAUCAUCCGAAAAGAUUAUUCCAAGGAUCUACCAACAUGCUUACCCUUGAGCUUUCACAUCAGGCAGACCUUGGGGGAUGUUUGUCGUCACAUGCUCUUGAUGACAACAGAAGCAGCGCAGGCUCUUCCUGUGACUCACCAGCUGAAGUCGGCACCAACACAGACUCUCCAGUCACACUUUCUGACUCCAGAUCCUCGUUUUUACCAGUAGAUCUUACGGCUAAGUUACCUAUUAAUUGAGAAGCAGAAGUCUGCUAAUGAACACCAAGAAAUAUCAAUAAGACUCUGUUGUGUGUAACUGAUUCUGUUCCUCAUAGGAACUUCCAGAAAUGUCAUUAUUUCUAGAAAACUUCCAUAACAGUUCCUUGAGGAGGAAUUCACAUUUCUAGUGAUUCGUAUGGCAUUUGCUAAAAUACACUAAGUAUUUGAAUUGCAAACGUAUUUGAUGCUAACAUCAGCAAGCAAGCUGUGGAUUUGCAAUGAGUAUCGUCUCGGUGUAAGUUACAAAUACUGUGUGUGCACUCUGCUUGUGGAAGACUCGGCUUUCCAUCAGCCAGCAGGCAGCAUCCUCUCUAAUAUAUCGUGGUGCUUAUAUAGUAACAGGUAACUUUCGUAGUUGUCCUCAGUCUGAAACCAGUGAAGCAGCUUAUGGAUUUGUUUUAUUGCUGGAGCGCUAGUUAUUUAUAUAUUUUUUUGUUCUUCAUAUCAAAGGGCGACUAUUAGGGAGGGGAUUGAUUCUUGUCUUUGUUCAGAUUGGCUGUUAAAUCAAUUCUGUGUUCUAAUAGAUGUCAGAAGAAGAAGUUGGUAGAUUGUCAAAUGUAUAUGUUGGAUUUUAUUCAUAAUCAUGACUGCUGUUGUAACUGACUCCAAAUUAGGUGUGGGACAUUCUCCUGGGGUUUUGUAUGGUUUUUUUCUUCUCUGUUUAGCUGAUCUAUUAGAGUGGUAGAUGUUCUGCCAAAGGCUUUUUAAUGGGGAAAGAUAGUAAUGAUGUUUGGAACAUAACAUUAAAUCAUGAGCACUUAAGUACUGAAUAUUAGUACUUAAGGAGUGCGUUAUUAUAACAGACAGUAUUUGUCCUCAUCUAGGACUGUUGUUGGACAACUACAGUGAGGAAUCUUGAAUGCUUUUUUACAGGCUGAGGUGACCAAACGUGUUUAGUCUGUGUUUAAUCUCCUGAUGUCACUUCCUCGAACAAUAGCAUCAAGUUACUUUGCAUGCUGAUAAGCAGCCUGGAAUUUGGUGAUCUGAGCUGUUUCAGGAUUCUUAUACUGCAUUUGGAAAGUCAGUGGGUUGAGGCAUCCUGAUCUCAACUCUGAAAUUCCCCAGUCGGUGGGGAAAAUCUGCAAACCCCACCAGAGACAGCUCUUUCAGAGUUUCCAGUGGCAACCUUGUUUUGGUUGUUGACUCCUGUUACGCAGCUGAACUUCUCCAGCUGGGUCUCUGUUUGUGCACGUGUGUGCCUGUACUGUUUGCUUUCGAACCUUCUCUCCAGAGAGCUUAAUAAUGAAGCAAAAAGCUUUAUUUUUAAACACUAAAUCCUUGUGUAAUAAAGUGAGAAAAGUGGAAACUUCCUCAAAUAGGAGUAAAGCCCACUCUGAACUCCACUGUGAAACAUUCACGUGGAUGAAGCUUUGAUGGACAGCAGCUGUCAAGAUUAAAAUGGAUGACUUGGAGAGCAAAGAUCUGGUGGCCUGAGGACUGAUGACUGCCUUCUGUAUGUCCUUGCUGUAGAAAGGAAGUAGAAUGUAUUUAUUAGUUUUUCUCGGUUCAAGUAAGAUACAUCAGAGUUUACUUCUGAUUUAAUUCCUCUUAAAUUAUUCUAAUAGUCAACUUCCUGAUUGCAGCUCCUUAAACUCAGCCUGCCCUUCAUCCCCGUGGCAGAUGGACAAGCUUGUGUUUAAUGUCUGUUCGCUCUCUGUCUAACAGGUAGAGUUGUUUCGCAAUGCCAGGUAUGUGCCAAAGAGUUGCUGCACGUUCAUUCGUGUGUGGUGGAGGCAAGACUUUUUUUUAAUCUUUCUUAUUUCUUAAGAACGAACUCCUGGUGUCUCUUCCAGUCUUUUUAAAAAGAUGCAUCGAUAGAAGGGGUGGGUCAACUUGUCUCUUCUCUGUUGAAUAUUUAUGCUAUUUUUCAAAUAAGUGCCAAUAAAUGGAAAAACUAA